AUGUCUUCCUCAGAUGAGCCUUUAUUUAGUGACCUUUGUCGUUUACUUGAACUUGUUCAGGAAGCAAAGGGUGAUCAAAAGAAAAGGCGUCUCGAAAAAUAUCUUCAAACAUGGCGUCGUAAAUACGGUCAUGAUUUUUAUCCUGUUAUGCGAUUACUAUUACCAUACCUUAAUAAAGAAGGAGCUAACUAUAGAAUGAAGGAAGCAAAUCUGGCAAAGAUAUAUAUUGAUGUUUUAGGAAUUGGACGAAAAUCAGAGACAGGGCAGCGACUUUUGAAUUGGAAAGUGCCUGGAAAAAAUAAUCAAACAGCCGGUGAUUUUGCAUCAGUCGCGUAUGAUGUUAUUGCGCCACGAUCGACCGUAAUGGGACGUGGUAAACUUACAAUUGCUGAAGUGAACAAUCAGCUUGAUUUAUUGAAUGCUGCGGAAUCUGUAAAAGAAAGUCAAAAAGUGAUUCGAUAUUUUUUUGAUAAUUGUGCUCCUGACGAACAAAAAUGGAUUAUUCGAAUAAUUUUAAAGGAACUAAAAUUUGGAUUGACUGAAAAAUCCGUUUUUCAAGUUUACCAUCCAGAUGCCGAGGAUCUUUUUAAUAUUUGCAGUAGUCUGAAAAAAGUUUGCGAAGAUUUACAAGAUCCAACGAUUAGACUUACAGAAAUCUCACUUUUCAAUCCGAUAAAACCAAUGCUUGCCAAACUUGUUCCGAUACAAGACAUUGUUAAAUUGAUGGGAGGUGAAUUUUGGAUUGAACAAAAAUUGGAUGGUGAACGAAUACAGUUACAUAUGCGUGAUAGAGAAUAUAAGUAUUAUUCAAGGAGAGCUACAAAUUAUACAGAAUUGUAUGGUUCUAAUAGAUAUGAAGGAUCUUUAACGCCCUUUAUUUAUGAUUGUUUUGAUUCGCGAGUUAAGAGUUGCGUUAUUGAUGGCGAAAUGGUUACUUGGGAUCCAAUUUAUCAAGCUGUUUUGCCAUUUGGUACUUUGAAAACUGCUGGGCUCGAUCGUUCUGCGGAUGAAAAUAAAGCAAGACCUUGCUUUGUAAUUUUUGAUAUUCUCUUAUGCAACGGAAAAGCACUUGUCGAAAAACCAUUAUCAGAACGACAAUUGUUUCUACGAAAGGUUGUAAAAGAAAAAGAAGGUCACCUGAUAAUACUGGAACAUAAAACCGCGUCAACUCAGAAAGAGUUGGUGGAUGCUGUUGAGAUGGCUAUUCGAGGAAGACAAGAAGGUGUUAUCGUUAAAAACCCAUCCAGUGCCUAUACGUUAAAUACAAGAAACAAUGACUGGAUCAAGAUUAAGCCGGAAUAUAUGGACACUUUGGGUGAUUCUUUGGAUUUAUUGGUCAUAGGUGGAAUUUAUGGAGUUGGAAAGCGUCGUGAUAUGCUUGGAAGUUUUUUUUGUGGUCUAAGAGACACUUCAUCAUCUGAACCGAAGUUUCAAUCAUUUUGUCGUUUUGGCACCGGAGUUACCAUGGAAGACCUAAAAGAAUUCAACAAAAAUCCACAAGACUGGAAACCUUUUGAUGCGAAUAAAUGUCCAAGUUGGAUUUCUUUUGGAAAGGAGAAACCGGAUGUAAUUAUUGCUCCAAAUAAGUCAUAUGUAGUACAAAUUAAAGCCGCCGAAAUUGUUCCUUCAGGAGACACAUUCGCUGUCCCGUACACACUGCGAUUUCCACGAUUUGAAAAAAUUCGACAAGAAAAGGAUUGGCAGAGCGCUAUGAGUUUUCAAGAAAUGAUGGAUAUAAAAAAAUAUGGAGUACAGUCGAAGAAAAUGACAGCGUCUGAUUUCAUUCACACUACGAGAUCAAAGCGUAGAAAAAUCAAUGAACCACAAAAGCCAAGAAAAAAACUCCGAAUUCUUGAUAAUUUCACGGUCGCGGAUGCAUCUACAUCCACAGACAAAUCGAAACCGGCACUUUUCAAAAACAUGGAUUUUUGUAUUAUGCAACAAAAGUCUAAACAAGAAUUGCAACGCCAAAUCAAAGAACAUGGUGGAAACCUGUUUCAACAUCCGGAAGGGUCUCCUCAAAUUUAUGUGAUUUCUGAUUCGGAUAAAUAUUUCAGCGUGAAAAAUCUAAUCAAAAAAGAAAAAUGCGAUAUUAUUCAUCCGAGAUGGAUUACUGAUUGUAUUGAGGCUGGUCGUGUUAUACCGUUAAAUCCAAAGUAUAUGGUGUUUACGACUGAAUCCACCGAGAUAAAGUUUCGUCAAAGUAUGGAUGAAUGGGGUGAUAGUUACGUCGAAGAGGUCACAACCGAGGAUAUAAAAGAGAUUUUGGAUCGAAUGCCAAGUCGUGAACUUUCAACUGCAGACAGGCAACGACAUCAAUUACUCGCCAAAAUGCAAGCCUGUUUUCAAGAAAUUUCCUUGGAAAAUCUACUAUCAUAUAAUUCGUUUCUGGGUUGUUUGGUGUAUCUUGAUGUUUCUUCGUCAUCGUCGUCACGGCCUCUAAAAGAAAAUAGCAAUAAGAAUAACAACAAUAUAGGAGAUCGAAAUCUAGAAUGGGCUAUUCGAGAAAAUACUCGGGAUCGAUUUCGACUUGUAAAAUCAAUACUAAAAUAUCAAGGAGCAGAAUUUACAGAUGAUAUCAAUAACUCUGAAGUUACGCAUAUUGUCGUUGUCAAACAAACAGAUGUCAACCGGUAUCAGAAGAGUUCAACACGGGGUGUAAAAAUAUUGACUAUUGACCGAAUAGUCGAGAGUUACUAA